AUCUGCUAACAUUGGAUGGUGCGGCUGGGGUGUUACCUUCCUGUUAUUCCUAACCUGUGAAGGAAGAAGAAAAACAUCAGUCUGCAUACUCCAAGGAGAAAUAGGCAAUGGAUCCCAAAAGCCAGAGAGUGAAACUUAAUGACGGCCACUUCAUUCCUGUCCUGGGAUUUGGAACCUAUGCACCUCCAGAGGUAACAGUAGCAGUUGUAGGUCGAGAUAUAAAUAGUAGUGGAUGUAACAUGAGUGAAAGGGACUUGGGUUGUCAAGCACUGAGCUCCUGUGUGACUCUGGAAGGAUCACAUUGUUCCACUAACCAGGCUAGAACCAUGCCCUAUGAAAGAGGAGAGAGCAUUCAGUCUUCACUCUGCAUCAGGGUUGCUAAGAAGGAAGCUCUAGAAUUCACCCCAUUCGCUAUAGAGGUUGGGUUCCGCCAUAUUGACUGUGCUCAUGUCUACCAAAAUGAAGAGGAGAUUGGCCAGGCCAUUCAAAGCAAGAUUGCAGAUGGCACUGUGAAGAGAGAAGACAUAUUCUGCACUUCAAAGCUUUGGUUGACUUCCCUUCGACCAGAGUUGGUCCGACCUUCCUUGGAAAAGUCACUGAAAAAUCUUCAACUGGACUAUGUCGAUCUCUAUAUUAUGCAUUAUCCGCUGGCUCUGAAGGUUAGAAAUUUGUGUGAUCACAUCAAUGUUAUAUCUUGUGUUAGAAUGCGUAUCAACUUGCAGGGAUAGUUGAAU